AGAUAGUAUCCGAAAAGUUGCUGAAUAUUGUGGAGUUUCUACUAAUGUUCUAAUUACAUUAUAAGCAUGAGGGUGCUGCUGUUGAUCCUCACUGGAUUUUUUGGAAUCGUUAUAGGAGUUGAAAACCAGACUACUAAUUUGACUUGUGAAAAACGAUAUUUGCAACAUUAUGAAGUGAAAGAUUGCACACCCGUCUACAAAAACGACACUAGUUGUCCUUCGUUUUACAAAUGUCCAAAAGAAGAAAAAAUUCUUGCUAAUGGUUGCGUUUACAACAGACGUGUCUAUCACAUUGGAGAAGAAAUUGAUGUUGGUAAUCCAUGUGAAAUAUGCUCUUGUUUUGGGGAUGAUUCAAAUAAACACUUUGAAAUUGAGUGUGCUCAUGUGGAAUGUUUUAAUGAUAAUGAAUUGGAAUUGAACAGCACUUGCUAUAAUACGUACGAAGCUAAUACAUGCUGCUCAAUUGGAACAAAAUGUUUAACAGAUGAAGCAAACGACAAAGAAAAUGUUUGCGAUUACAAUGGUAAGAUUUAUCAUUACGGAGAACAAAUAUAUCCAGAAGAAGAUCCAUGCCAAAUCUGUAUAUGCAACAAAGAAUGGAGCGGCAUUGGAGGAAAAAGUUGUUCCACUAUUGAUUGUGCUUUGGACUUAGACCGAAAGGAGCUAGAAGAAGGGUGUAUACCAAUAUAUCACGAAGCCACUUGUUGUCCUAUAGAAUAUCAUUGUGGGACUGAAGAAGAAGGAUAUAAAAACACCACUGAGCCACUAGCAACUCAAGAUGAUAUCGAAAGUGGCACAGCAUGUGAAUUCAAAGGAUUACAUUACAAGCUUGGACAGAUUCUGGAUAUAAAUCAUCCAACGCAUUGUGUGACCUGCACGUGUCAAGCACCUCCAAUCUUUACUUGCAUUCAUAAGAUCUGUCCAAAUCCACCUAACAAUGACUAUGACCACUGCCCUGGAAGUUUCAAUACUGGAGAAUGUUGCCCAACAUAUAAUUGUGCUGAUGAGGAACCACUUAAAGAAGAGAGUAGUGCUGAUGAAGAACCAGUUAAAGAAGAGAGUUGAUUCCAGAUGUGAUAUCUUUCAUUUAUGCACUUCUGACGAUCAUAAACAUCGAAAACUCAUGCAGAUAUUCAGCGCAUUUUUCUAACAUGUUUAUUUUUAACAUUGUAUUUGUAAUAAUUUUAUCUACAUUUUUUUUAAUAGUUUUCUGCUUUUUUAAAUUAUUUAACGAACUGUAACUUCAUAGAAAUAUAAAAAUUAGCAUUUUGUAUCAAAUAAUAUUCAAUACUCAGUUUUAUUGUGGUACUGUAAAAAUUAUUUCUAUUACUGCAAUUACAAAUCGAAAUAUUUUAACCUUGUAAUUAUUCGCGAUGAAAAAUACCAUAUACAACAAAUAACUUUCCCGAAAAUUUUUUAAUUUGUUUUAGUUUUAGGUUUUAAUUUAGAUAUGAAAGUAAUUAUUCUGGUGCUUUGUGGAAUUCGCUAAACAUUUAAAAAUAUAUGUUAUCACUGUCCAAAAUUUCAAGGGUAUAAUAGACAGCAAUUAAUUUUUUGAAAUGUAACGUCUUUCAAGUUUAGAAUGAUAUAUACGCUUCUCAAUAUAAUUUUUUGCAUAGUAAUAUCACAGAAACUAUCUGUAUUUUUUGCCCACUGUGCGAAUCAUGACAAAAAUACAAUGAAUACUACAUAUUUAAAAUAUUUAUAGAAGUAUAAGAAACUUAUAAUAUUCCAGAAACGUUCUAUAACUCUAUGCAACGCUAAAAUAUCAAUUUUUUUGCUAUAAAUAUUUUAUUUACAUUUCUGAAAUGAAUCAGAAACAGUGCAAAAAUGUUUAAACGAAAUGAUUUAAAAUGCAUUACGUCGCCAUCUAUUCCUGAGUGAUUAAACUAGUACAUUAAAAACACAGGCAUAGUACAAACUUGCAGUGGAAAAUCACAAUUAAAUUUUGCUCCACUUAAAAAAAAACCUAGGUCUCCGAACCGUGCAUCAUAUGAGAUACGGUGAUGAAGUUUUCAAUAUCAUUAUAAAAAGCUUUUAUAUGAAUAAUUUUGCUUGAUAAAUUUACGAUUUUUAAGAAUUUCAACAGUGCGGAAAUAUUAGGAAAAAUACCUAAUAUUUCCUAACCUGAAAUGGUCUUUUAUGUUAUGUUUCCUAGAUUGUAUCACAGAAGUACUUUUGAAGACAAGCAUAUAGAAAUAAUACGAUUUCGAGGAAGCAAAAACUCUAAAACACUAUGCGACAUUUUGAUGCUUGAGAAUUUUCUUCUAUGAAGAUUGGAUGAUAAAUACAUCAUUCUGAAUUACUUGAAAAAUUCAUGUCAUGGUUAUUUUAGAAAUUUUCCUGAUUUGAAAGCCAGAAUAAAAACCGGAAUCUUCACACUUUAUAAUACUGAAAAUAGUGUCUUGGGAUGAUCAUCGCACACUUGCAGCAUUUGUUUCAUUUCCAGAAAUUGUAUCUAUAAAAACGGUGAUACCUUAAAACUAGCAAAAACUGCACUCAUAUCUGAAAUAUAGUAUGCUAAAGUUGAAACUAUAUUUGGUACUUUUAGGUUAGCCGGGCCUCAAACGAAAAGUCGUCAAAAAAUGUAGACCUUCACAAACUUUUUUUCAAUUUUUUUUUAAACGCUGAGCAAAAUGGACAUCUUCGAAUUAGUGAAAUAAAAUAAAUAAAAAAAAACAAUAAAAAUAGAAGUAAAAAGAAUUUUUUUUCUUAAUUUUCUUGCACCAAUUAAACGAAAAGUAUCCUAUAUUCUUCUGCACUGUAAUAAUGUUAAUUUCUAUUGGUUGAUGUCAUCAUUUUUAUAUAAACAUUACAAUAUAUUUGUAGAUAGAAAAUAAAAGAUCUAAAGCUA